AUGGAGUACGAUCCAUUCAACCCCGAACACCAGCCCAAAAGCGAGCCACAAGUGGCUGUGACGGAGGCCUAUACCUUUAACCAAGGCCCAGAGAAACACGAGACCGGAUUAGCUCGGAGUCAGGCCUGGUGGCACGCCUGGUGGUUAGAAGUAGUGUCUAUGGUUGUCACUAUUGGAUGCUCAGUCGCCAUCAUCGCUAUUCUCUGUGCAUUCAACAGGCGUCCGAUUACCGACUGGACCGAUAAAAGCAAACUUGCGGAAAUCAUCAGCCUUCCAACGACGUUGUCAAUAUUGGCGACCGCUGCGAACGCCACAACCACGCUUGUCCUCGGCAGUGCUAUCAGCCAGUACAAAUGGGUGUAUUUCAAGGCCAAGAAUCGUUCGUUGGCUGAUCUGGAUUUGUUGGACGGGACCAGCAGAGGGACUCUGUGGAAAUGCCUGGAGCUAUUAGUGAAGAGGAUGAAGACACUGGCGAGCUUAGGUGCUAUUGCCAUGAUCCUGUCACUCGCCGUCGGUCCAUUCUAUCAACAGACGGUCCAGCUUACCGAGUGGGAUGUGCCAAGUGACGACGGGAAGGCCUCAUUUGGGCUUGCUCAUCAGUACAUCGCUAGUGGGCGUCCAAACUUUGCCGCCGGCGGUGGUGCUGACGCCAGUUUGCCAAGUGCCUUCCAAGUUGAAGCUGCAACUGCCGACAGCCCGAUGCAGGGUGCAAUCUACAGAGGGUUAUUCAACCUUGAUGGCCCUGCUAUAUUCAACUGUACCUCGAACUGCACAUGGCCAGAUCCCGGGGCGAGCAAGCCCUAUGUCUCACUAGGCUUUCGCAGUGAUUGUGCGAAUGUCACAGAAGCAACUCUGCGUGCUUCAGGGUGGGACGAUACCAUCGAAGGUUCCCCUCGAGGUAUAAAUAUCACGACACCGGGAAAUGUCACAUUGGACACCCGCUUCUCGUUCACUUCGUACCAACCCGUUGUUGUUGUUGCAAGCAAGUCCCUCCUUUGGCACCAAAUCAAAAAUAUCAAUACCUCUCCAUUCGACUGGACUGGUGAUACUGUGGGUCACACUAUUGCUCGCAUGGCUGUAUUUCGAUCAGAGUUGGAUCCUCGCAACUUUGAACUCGUCAGCAGCAAGAUGCAGGUUACCGAAUGUGACCUCAGCCUUGUCGCCUAUCGCUAUUCCGAUAUCUCUGUAUCCGACAGCAAACUCACGAUCGGAAAGGAAGAGUUGAUUAGGCUUCAGUCUGGCGUUGUAGAAAGACAAGAUGACGGGAGGUUCAUCGGUGUUUUUGACACAGUGGUGGAUUCCUCCGGAACGACAAUUCCAUUAAAGGUGUCCUUGGCAGACAUUGGGGCCCUCACUUUGCUUUUCACCUCAACACGAUUCAUGGGCACGCUUUAUGCAGGCGAGCCGCCCGAUCGUAGUCGGAUUCAUCGGCCUUCCGGCAUGGGGGAUGCCUUUCUCGGAGGUGACAUCACUGACCAACUUGUCAUUGAAAGAUUUGAAAGAAUGGCGGAGAGCAUGACUCUUCAGUUGCGGUCAAUCAGCGAUGUAACCGCUACCGGUAUUAGUGUCUACUCUAUUGUGCACUACAAGGUUGAGUGGGCAUGGCUUGUUCUCCCGCUGGCAGUGCAGCUGAUCACACUGGUUUUCUUUUUCUGGGUCCUUGUCAGGAAUCACCACAGUGGACUGCAGCAUUGGAAAGACUCGGCACUUGCUGUCAUCAGUCACAGUCUACAGGCGGCGGAUGAAGACAUUCACCAGGUGGAAGUGAUUGGACCCAUGCAUGUUGAGAAGAUUCAGGAAUUAAAAGAUUGGGCCAAUCGGACAAAGGCGAAACUGCUGUAG